GUCAAUGAUCAAUAACUACGUGAUCGUCGGUGUGAAGAUGAGGGUUAGAAAAUUAUAUUUAUGCGUUUUUGUCAAUGUUCUACUAAUUUUUAGAGGUGUUACUGGAGAAGUGAAAAAUGGAGAUUUAGAGGAUUUCACCAAUAGUGUAUUUAAAAAUAAAAAUGGAAUAAUUGCUGCUUUUGGCGACUUCAACGCUGAUCAAAACACAGACGCGUUUGUUAUUCACCCUGCGGUCUCUCCAGAUGAUAUUCCAAAGAUGUCUAUCCUAAUUUGGCAUAAUGUAGAACCAUAUCUAAAACCUCAAACAAAUCUUGUUUUGAAUCUCACCAGGAGAACUGGGGAAGUUAUCACAAGUGUCGUCCCUGGUGAUUAUGAUGGCGAUUCCAAAAUGGACGUACUCUUAACACUGAAAAAUUCAAACAGCAUGUAUGACAAAAACGCUUCAACAGCAGCCCUUAUCUACUGGGGAAAUUUAAACUCUUUUUGUCCAGAUGGUCCCACAGUUGUAUCAGAUUCCAUGGCUGACCAACCAUUGGUGAUGGAUUAUAAUGCUGAUAUGAUUGCCGAUAUUUUUGGAGCGAACGCUGCAGGAGAACGUACAUUGUGGAUUCAAAGUUCAUCAGGAUCUCGCAACUUUACUGCAAUGAAAGUUCUUAAAAACGAUGAAAACCAAAUUAUAAUUCCGCACUCUAAUGCCUUCCUGGAUUUAGACUCGGACUUCAUCACAGAUAUCUUCCUCACAACAUCAUCAACCGAAAAAAAGGACGUGUUUGAAGUCUGGAAGAACGCAGCAUCAUCUAAAUACCAACUUGAUCACACAUAUCCCCUUCCCAAGGUCCCGGAAGGGAAAACAAUUUCUGUCGUGGGGCAGUCUGCUUUCACUGAUGUUGAUGCAGAUGGAGUCUUAGAACAACUUCUACCUGUAUGUUAUGAUGAACAGUGCCAUGAAAGUGCAAUAUUUGUGAGAAAAAGUAAAAACUGGAAAACAAUAAUUGAAUUUAAAGAUGUGCCUAUCAAUGAUGAGGUGAUGGGAUUUGUGCCACCUGGGCCUGAUGUGAGCACAUACGCCAAUGUACCAAUAACAUUAAGCAUUGGUGACUACAAUACGGAUAGGUAUCCAGAUUUAUUGAUUGUCAUGAGAAAUCAAACUAAUUCACGACAUGUUGUGUUGCUCAACAACAAUGAAGGUGAAUCCUUCUCACCUGUGGCUAGGAUGGGUGCGCUUUGGACGAUUACCAACCCCAUCAUUGCAACCUUUGUUGAUCUUUCUCAAAGUACUAUGUUAGAUAUGUUUGUUGUGAGCCAAAACAACCCAACUGCACCUCCCAUGAUGCAUGCUGUGAAGAAUAACUUUAUCGUAGAUGCAUACUUCAUUCGUGUUCAAGUAUUGAGUGGCCUUUGCUUCUAUAGCUGUCCUGGAUUUGCUUCAGGAACUUAUCCGUAUGGUGCAAAUCAACCUGGACCAACAGUGCAUUACGAGACAACAGGUACAUCGGGGAAAAAGGAAUACAGCAAAGGUGCUCAGCUUUCACAGUCUGCAUACUACUCUCUACAACUUCCAUCAGUAUUUAUGGGACUUGGUCAGAACCCUAAUUUCGUUGACGUGGUGACCGUCGGUAUACCAACCAAUGAUACUGUACCUAGGAUAAAGGAGUGGACUUCAAUUAUACCAAAUUCUAUUCUUAUAGUCAUUCCAGAACCGCCGACGAACCCUUCAGCGUGGGACGUGAAGUUACUAAUAACGCCAGGCCAGUCCGUUUAUUUAACUGCAGGUGCUCUGCUUGGAACGUGUCUCUUUGUCGCGUUCAUCAUUGGACUACUCCAUCUCAAAGAAAGGAGAGAAGACGACAAGGAGAAGAGACAGGAAUCACAUAGAUUUCAUUUCGAUGCUAUGUAAAUGGAAACGCGUUUAUCGGGUUUCCCUCAGGGGUGGCGCCACGAUUUACCCGACGGAGAUCCGAUGUCCUCAACAAGAGCAAAGUGGGCGUGGUUGGUCGUUGCUGAAAAUUCUUCUAAAUUGGUCCUGGGGAUGAGGAUGGGGAAUUUUUGACAAUUUUGUGGGUUUCAAAUGCAUAUUUAAUCGAUUUUAAAGUCAACUAAUAUGUAGAAAUACAUAUAAUCCUCCCCCCCCCCCAACGAAAUGUGGUAUUUCUCCCCGGUGGCGUGGGGGGGGGGAGGCGGGGAAGCUCUCCCCGCCCCACUGGCGCCACCCCUGGUUUCACUUAGAGCUCAGUUCACACUAUCAAAUUGUAUGUAAUAGAUUUGUGUGACGGGCAUGAGAUGUCAUAUUACACCCUGAUAUGGGCAUACCUUUUGAUAGUGUUGUAGAACUUUAGAGCUUCAGUUUGAUGACGCAAGAAAUAUCCACUCAUUUUAGCUAAAGAGUUGACCCAACUUUAUUUAUAGUGGAAUAUACCAUGUUCAGUUGGUGUUUUCAUGUCGAAGGGGCAUAAAGGGGAGGGUAUGAAUUUACAUUGGAAGCUUUUAAAACUCUAGAAAAUGUUAAGAAUAAUUGGCAAUGCGUUGAACUUCGAACGAAUUUGUUUCUAGGACAACUGAACAAAAAGUACUCAUAGAUUUUUUUUUAGGUUAUUAUUCUGUUAUAUCUGUAUUGUUUUAUUAUUUUAUUACAAUAUUAUGUUUUCGAUCAAAGUUAGGCUUAUGUUAAAUUUUAGGUCAACGACCUCUAAAUCAACAAAAUUUGUUUAAUCUCGACUAGACCAUAGAAAUAUUACGUUUUUCACGAAUAUAAAUUUGUCUAAAGAGAUUACACGUUGGUGAGGAAAUAAGUUAUUUAAUUUGGUGCAAUAUCGAUAGGCCUAUUUAUAGCCUUGUCUUUCAAAACAUUUCCUAUAUCCUUGACACACCACCCAUACGGUGUCCGUUUGUUGCUUUCAGUUAACUAUUAUUUUUGAGUAGGCCUAUUAGGAGAUAGUAUCUACUGAAAGUACAGUAAGCCUAUUGAAAAGGGGAUUUUUCUUUUCCUUUGAAUUUCCAAUUUCAUAAUGAUACCACACUCUCAGAUGCGGCUGUAUCGGGUUUUUUUUCUUUUGUUUUUUUUUUAUAUAGUGGGGUUCCAUAGGUAUGUAAUUUUUUGUUCAAAGCAAGAUUUUGGUUUUGGAAACCGCAAUACGUAGAAUCCAUUUUUUAGCUGGAUUCUACAUAUACUGCGGUAUCCAAAAAUACCAAAAUCUUGCCUUGAACAUAAAAAUCUCAUGGACUUUAUUAUAUAACUGAAAAUUCUUUGUCCAGGUUAUUACAUUUUCUUUUGACACAACACUGUUGUAUGCCCCUACAGUCAUGAUUACUAUUUAUACAUAAGGGAUAAUAAUAGUAGGUUUGUAUAAUAAUUAUAUUUGGAUUUAAAAAGUAUAAUUUUAUCGUUGGUAAUGAAGAUUUCGGAACUUUACGAAAACGAAUAAAGAAACAUGAAUACGUCACGUCCUAUUUUU